AUGCGUCUAUCUAUCUUUUACUUUUUUCCUUUCUUUCUUGCUUUCUUUCUUUCUUUCUUUCUUUCUUUCUUUCAUAUUUUUUCUCAUUUCUUACUUUCUUUCUUUCUUAUUUCUAACUUAUUUGUCACUUUCUUUCUUCCUUCCUUUCUUUCUUCUUUCUUUCUUUCUUUCUUAUUUCUAUCUUAUUUCUUUCUUCUUUUUUUCUUUCUUCUUUCUUUCUUUCUUUCUUUCUUCUUUCUUUCUUUCUUUCUUAUUUUUUUCUUAUUUCUUACUUUCUUUCUUUCUUUCUCUCUUUCUUCCUUCCUUUCUUUCUUCUUUCUUUCUUAUUUCUUUCUUCUUUCUUUCUUUCUUUCUUUCUUCUUUCUUUCUUAUUUCUUUCUUCUUUCUUUCUUUCUUUCUUUCUUAUUUUUUCUUAUUUCUUACUUUCUUUCUUUCUUUCUUUCUUUCUUUCUUUCUUCCUUUCUUUCGUUCUUUCUUAUUUCUUUUUUUCUAUCUUAUUUCUAUCGUAUUUCUUUCUUUCUUAUUUUUUAUUAUUUCUUUCUUUCUUCUUUAUUUCUUUCUUAUUUCUUAUAUAUCUUUUCCUUUUUUUUCAUCGAUGAUAUGAACCGGACGUUUAUUUUCUCUUCUCUCUCUCUCUCUCUCUCUCUCUCUCUCUCUCUCUCUCUCUCUCUCUCUCUUCGUUUUUUUCGUACAUAUGUGUUAAAUGUUUUCAUGGAUAUGAAUUUAGUUGCCGUGCAGGUGAUUACUCAAAAUAAGUGA